AGUAUUGUGUACCUGGGGAUGAUGGUGGGGGCGUUUUUCUGGGGGGGCAUGUCAGACAAGGUGGGCCGCAGACAGUGUCUGCUCAUCUGCAUGUGUGUGAACGGCUUCUUCGCCUUCCUGUCCUCCUUCGUUCAGGGGUACGGCAUGUUCCUGCUCUGCCGCGUGAUCGCAGGCUUCGGGUGAGUCUGAUUGACCAGGCUUAGAAUGGAAAGCAAUGUGCUACUUAUUUGUCUUAAAGAAUGGAGUAAUGAAUUCACAUAACGCACAAUAAAUAAACAGUAGGACACUGCAAACUCCAAAUGACCUUGGAGAUUCAAACAUGUAUUGUGAGAUGUGACAUGAACAAGAUAACUGACUUAGUUUUGUCCCAAUUAGGCUACAUAGCUAUCUACAACCAUGAUGAAUCCUUCAUCAAAUAGCCCUGCAGUUCUACUUUCUUAAUUCCUUAAUUCCCAUAGACUGCCUUUUACAGUAGAUCGUUGUCAAUUAAUUAUAUUUUGUUGUAAUUAAUCUGUUUUGGUUUCUUUAAUGAAGAUGUACACUGAACAAAAAUAGAUGUACACGCAACAUGUAAAGUGUUGGUCCCAUGUUUCAUGAGCUGAAAUAAAAGAUCCCAGAAGUGUUCCAUAUGAACAAAAAGCUUAUUUCUCUCAAACAGGUGUGGCAUAUCAAGAAGCUGAUUAAACAGGAUGAUCAUUACACAAGUGCACCUUGUGCUGGGGACAAUAAAAGUCCACUCUAAAACGCUAAAAUUGGCAGUUUUGUCACACAACACAAUGCCACAAACAUCUCCAGUUUUGAGGGAGCAUGCAAUUGGCAUGCUGACUGCAGGAAUGUCCACCAGAGCUGUUGCCAGAUAAUUAAAUGUCAAUUUCUCUACCAUAAGCCGCCUCCAACGUCGUUUUAGAGAAUUUGGCAGUAUGUCCAACUGGCCUCACAACUGCAGACCACGUGUCUGGUGUUGUGUGGGCGAGCGGUUUGCUGAUCUCAACGUUGUGAAAAGAGUGCCCCGUGGUGGUGGGGUUAUGGUAUGGCCAGGAAUAAGCUACGAACACAACUGCAUUUUAUCGAUGGCAAUUUGAAUAAACAGAGAUACCGUGACGAGAUCCUGAGGCCCAUUGUCGUGCCAUUCAUCCGUCGCCAUCACCUCAUGUUUCAGCAUGAUAAUGCACGGCCCCAUGUCGCAAGGAUCUGUACACAAUUCCUGGAAGCUGAAAAUGUCCCAGUUCUUCCAUAGACUGCAUACUCACCAGACAUGUCACCCGUUGAGCAUGUUUGGGAUGCUCUGGAUCGACAUGUAUGACAGCGUGUUCCAUUUUCCACUAAUAUCCAGCAACUUCGCACAGCCUUUGAAGAUGAGUGGGACAGCAUUCCACAGGCCACAAUCAACAGCCUGAUCAACUCGAUGUGUCGCGCUUCAAAAGGCAAAUGGUGGUCACACCAGAUACUGACUGGUUUUCUGAUCCACACCCCUACCUUUAAAAAAAAACGUAUGCGACCAACAGAUGCAUAUCUGUAUUCCCAGUCAUGUGAAAUCCAUAGAUUAGGGGCUAAUGCAUUUAUUUCAAUUGACUGAUUUCCUUUUAUGAACUGUAACUCAGUAAAUUCUUUGAAAUUGUUGCAUGUUGCGUUGAUAUUUUUGUUCAGUAUAGUUGUAAAUCCCUCGGUCAACAUGCACUCACUCCCCCUUCUGAUAUUUCAUCCAUGUUAUCCCCAGAGGUUUUAAUCUCUCCUGUCUAGGAAUAGGAUUGUGUGACUAAUGAAUGUGUCAAACAUCCCCCUGUCUGUCAGUGUGCUCCUAACAUCCUUAAUGAAAGCCUUUAGUUUACACUAACUAGGCUAUAUCAGUGAUAACACAGGAUUUAAUACAGGGGAUUUAAACCUUGUUUCAUCGAGGUGCGUCUUUACAGAGACGUUUGUGCAUCUUAUACUUGGAGUGGAUUAGUGCUUUUAACAUUGCUGGUAAAAUGCUUUACAAAAAAAUAAAGAAAUAAUUUCACUCUUUCAAGGAGUGCACAAUAACUAUAAAAGCAAUAUCUCAAAAAGCCUGUUUUUUUAUUUGUAUUAGAUGUUUUAAUUAAAUCCAACCCAUGCCUUCUAUCAUAAAAUGGACAACAUUCAGUCCUCCUAUCAUGAAAUGACAACAUUCAGUCCUUUUUGUUUCAGUCUUGUUGGCCUUAAGUGACAGGCUCUGUGAUAAAUGAUUGUCUAAAAAGUGCUACUUGGCAGUUAAAGGCAGCUUUAUGAUGGACAAGUGAAAUAUUAUUUGGAAAUUACUGUACUAGCCUGGUACAACCAUUCUGAUCUCGCAAGCUUACAUUCUGCUUCGCUACACAGUGAAACGAAACAAGAGUUCAGGAUGACGGAUCAGGCUACUACUUACUGUAUAGCACCAUUUCUGAAUGUCCAUAUUGUUGUUCACUGGCUGCAUGGCCUCUAGCUUCACAUGUCUGGGAAUGUAAGAAUAGAGCAUUGAUUUAUAGAGAGAAAACAUUGGAGGGGUGUAACGGUCCCUGUCAAGAGCUUAUUUACUAAUUGCCUCCCCGCCCCUCUCCCCAGAGAGACUCCAAGUAAUGGAAAAGGUUUGCCAGCUAAACGGCCUUCUGGGAGCUAGCGGGUGUUGGAGUCUCUGAGGACUGUCCAUAAGCCUAAUGGUUAACUGGAAAGCCAAGGAAAUGCCCUUUUGGUAAAGUUGGCUUAUUUUGAGGAACAUUGUUCCAGUAUUUGUUCCUAUUGUCUACUUUUACAGUAGUGAAAACUGAACCACAGUUUGAAAGCUGUGUCACAUCUGAAAAAUACAAAAGGUUCCUCCGAGAAAAUAGAGGCGCCACAAAAUCUUCAGCAUGCAGCAAUAUGUACUUUAGUUAAGUUAGAAUAAUUUACAUGGGUCUAUUUUAUCUUAAAUCAUUUCUAGGGGUUUAUAAAAUGUUGCCCUCUGCAGAGUCUGUGUGUCCCUACUCAGUGUCCUGUCAUUGUGUCUCCUUCAGAACAGGGGGGGUUGUGCCUAUAGUCUUCUCCUUCUUUGCGGAGGUGCUGUCCAGAGAGAAGAGAGGGGAGCACCUGAGCUGGCUGUGCAUGUUCUGGAUGAUUGGAGAGAUCUAUGCUUCAGCCAUGGCCUGGGCUAUUAUACCACACUACGGUGAGUCUUUAUGCUUCAGCCUUGGCCUGGGCCAUUAUACCACACUACGGUGAGUCUUUAUGCUUCAGCCUUGGCCUGGGCCAUUAUACCACACUACGGUGAGUCUUUAUGCUUCAGCCUUGGCCUGGGUCAUUAUACCACACUACGGUGAGUCUUUAUGCUUCAUCCUUGGCCUGGGUCAUUAUACCAGUAACUUAACCUAGUAACUAAACCUUCUUGGUUAGUUGGUUAUGAUGCGUCUGAAUGUGGUAUAAUAUUUUUACAUUGUUAAGUUUGUGUUUUAAGAAAAUCUUUAAAUAGGACACAAUGUUAAAACUCAUCUGCACAAAUCCAGGUUGGCAGAGUACAACCAGCAGAGGUGAAGGUGCCAGUUUGCCCUGCUGGCACGUGAAGGAAUGUAAUCUCUCCAAGUGGCUGCAGACUGGGAGAGAGACAGUUUUUGAAGUGAUUAAUGUAGGCAUGUAAACCAUGGGGAUACACACAUGCGCGCUCAGAGACAAACACACGCACUCACAGGCACACGGACAAACACAUAGGGAUAUUUAAGGAAUGAAGAUGUGCCGGUGGGAGAUAGAAGGCUGUGAUUUACGACGCUGUUAUACUGGAAAUAAGCUGCACACAUCAAUAAAGACGAAGGGAAAAUGGCCUUUCCUCUCUUUCUUCCUCACACUGUCUCACUCUCUCUCUCUCUGAGCCUGUCGCUCUCUCUCUGAGCCUGUCGCUCUCUCUCUCUCUGAGCCUGUCGCUCUCUCUCUCUGAGCCUGUCGCUCUCUCUCUGAGCCUGUCGCUCUCUCUCUGAGCCUGUCGCUCUCUCUCUCUGAGCCUGUCGCUCUCUCUCUCUGAGCCUGUCGCUCUCUCUCUCUGAGCCUGUCGCUCUCUCUCUCUGAGCCUGUCGCUCUCUCUCUGAGCCUGUCGCUCUCUCUCUCUGAGCCUGUCGCUCUCUCUCUCUGAGCCUGUCGCUCUCUCUCUGAGCCUGUCGCUCUCUCUCUCUGAGCCUGUCGCUCUCUCUCUCUGAGCCUGUCGCUCUCUCUCUGAGCCUGUCGCUCUCUCUCUGAGCCUGUCGCUCUCUCUCUCUGAGCCUGUCGCUCUCUCUCUGAGCCUGUCGCUCUCUCUCUGAGCCUGUCGCUCUCUCUCUCUGAGCCUGUCUCGCUCUGCUCAUCCUUUCUUUCCCUUUUACUGCUUCUUUAUUUUUUGUGUGUGUCUCUCUUUCCUCUCGCUGUCUCUCAAUAUCUCUCCCACCCACCUUUACUCUCCCCCUCCUCCUUCUCUCUGUAUGGGUAUGUUCUUCUUGAUCAAGCAUAAUUAGGUUUUUCUCCUUGCUCUAACCUAACGGGACAAAGCUACAGCUAGCCAUGAUUUAUGUCAGAGGCGUGCUUUAGCUGAGCCGUGGGGGACGUCAGUGAGGAGCUUCUGAAGUGGCAGCAUGGAGGAUAUGAGCCGGCUGCACUGAGCCACUGAAACGCCUGCUUGUGCAAACACUGACUGCACUGUAGACAUUGAAGGCAAUGAUACCUGACACAGUGGGGGUUCAUUUAAGUUGAGGGUGCUGGUCACAUCCAGAUGAACACACACACACACACAGGGUGGAUCAGUUUCAAAAGCCACUGUUUCUCUCUAUUGUGCAGUGGCUAUAGAGGAGGGCUACACACACAAAAUCUGGGAAACUUGGCGAGUCUCACUGAGAAAGCUCUGCUAUCAGAUGUGCAGAUAUCCCUUUAAAGGCAUGUCAGUAGACCCACUCUGCUCUCAUUCUUUCUGACAAACACUAUCCUCUCUCUCUAUGCCCUUUCUCUAUCCUAUCUCUCUCUUUCCUCUCUCGCUCUCCAUGCUCUCCCUCUCUCUAUCUCUCUCUAUCCUCUCUCGCUCUCUAUCUCUCUCUAUCCUCUCUCGCUCUCAAUGCUGUCCCUCUCUCUUUCCAACCUCUCUCUCCCCCCUCUCUUUCUCUCUGAGCGUGCCUUGCAUACUCCAGCACUUUUUUAUGUUUUCCUAAACUGCUGCAGUGCCUGCCAACAGUGAUGUGGCCAAGGAGCCUGAGGAGUAGUCUUUUGUCUAAAUCAGAAACACAUAAUGAUGGAUUACCACACAUCUACCACCUCAUUGGUGUUUAAUACUCCAUUAAAUCUCUUUAGGUAACUUCUCAUAUGCCUUCAACACUCGGCAGUUCCUAAUGUGUCCUAAAGCCCCAUGACAAACGCACAGCUGGAUACUACAGAAGCCUGAAUCAGCCUGCAGAGAUUCAUCAUACUGUAGGAUACUGCUACCUUUUCUUACACUACUAGUGCUCUGGUGGGAAGUUAUUUUGUCUGUCCCAAAUGACACCCUAUUCACUAUAGUGCACUACUUUUCACCAGUACCCUAUGGGGGAGAGAGAGAGAGGGGGGGAGGGGGGGAGAGAGCUACAUACUCCUGUAGUUUCCAGCUGUUACACUUUCCCUUGUUCCUAGUGCCUUCAAGAGCUGCCACAUGAUUGGGGUCAAUUGAUUUGUUUUCGUGCUGUUCUUUUUUCUAUGAACAAGCCUUGAGUGAAAUGGUCUGGCCUCCAUUAACAAGUAGAAGAAUGUUGAAAGGCGGUUUCUGAGAACUGAAAAGUGUUUAAUUGGCUCUAAAACGUUUGUUUAAAAAAAUGGUUAUGAUGCAGCAGUUUCACUAUUCUCCAGGUUACCUGAGUCACUAAAUUGUGACCAAGGACUCUGCAGAGAGAAAACAAAGUCAGAUAAAGGCCUACUAUAGGCCCACAACAUUAUGAGCCUCUCUCCUUCUCUCUCAGCUCUCUCCUACAAGGUCACCCCACCGCUACCUCUCCUUCUCUCUCUCUUCCCCUCUCUCUCUUCUUCUAUGUCUCUCUCUCUCCUCUCAGGUUUCUCUCUCUCUUUUUCUACUACUCUCUCCCUCUCUCUCAGGUCUCUCUCUUCUCUCUCAGGUGUUCUCUCUCUUCUCUCUCAGGUCUCUCUCUCCUUCUCUCUCAGGUCUCUCUUCUUCUCUCUCAGGUCUCAGUUCUCUCUCCUUCUCUCUCCUCUCUCUUCUCUCUCCUUCUCUCUCAGGUCUCUCUCCUUCUCUCUCAGGUCUCUCUCCUUCUCUCUCAGGUCUCUCUUUUCUUCUCUAUCAGGUCUCUCUUUUCUUCUCUCUUUCUCUCUCAGGCCUCAGAUGCAGAGCGCUACCCGACUCAGUCAUCCAUACACUUAGUCAAUUAUGUACAUAAUCCCAGUAAUGAGAUUUCCAAUGGCAUGGGCAAAACACUAACCCUCUGGGGCUCACAGCACAGCUACAACGCCAUAAAAAGGCAAUCACUGCAGCAUUCCAAAUCUUACACACACACACACACAUACAUGUUCGUACAUACACACACACACACAUUACCACCAGUGGAAUGUUUACACACACACACACACACACACACGCAUGCAUCCAUCCAUGCACAAACACAGAGUUCAUGCAUUUAAACCAACACACACAUGCACACACGCACAAUACCCUGAAUGUAAGGAAUUGAGACGGUCUUCAUGGUAGUGCGUCAUUGGGAAUCCUUGGCGUCCUUCCACACACACCUACAGGACUGCGUCAUCAUUACUAAGCACAAAACCACAGUAACACCCCAGUUCUAUAGAUGAACACUAACACAGUAUGUGGAUGACUUCGAUGCACAAAAUGUAGAGUUUACAUGUGCCACCACUAUACUGUGCUGGGUGGUUGAAAAGAUAUCAGAAUUCUCAUAACACUCUAGAAUUAGAGUCAUUGAUCUUUAAAGGAAUGAAUUUUCAACAUCUAUGACAGCCUUUCUUCCUGCUUUGAACAUAGCUGGCUUGACUUCCACAGUGGUUGAUAAGCGAUGGUAUCAAAGCCAGUUUCAAUCUGUCGUUUAGAUUAUUUCCUAGCAGUAAUUUCCUCACAUUAACAUCCCCCCCACCCCCUCACCUCCCACUCCUGUUGAUGGAUAAUGGUGUUAUUCCCUCAAAGUGUGUACAAAAAGAAAAGGCACGAUCCAGAGGGAGAGACGUGGGAGGUCACGACUAACACGACAAACAUCCCACCCCCUUCUCCCUCCUUCCCCAAAUACGAAUAGGGAACAUAAGCAUAUACACACAAUGCAUUAACCCUCUUACACUAAUGUAGCUACACUCCCACACACAGAAGAACAGUCAUUUUGAGUACAAAGGAGAUGAGGACAGCAAAAAACAGCCUGUACCUCCCCGUUGUUUUGUAUUCACCCUUUUACUGUAAAAUAUUGACUUUUUAGACGUUCCCUCAAAUUUUCACCAACACCCAUUGACGUGGGCAACAAUUAAGAUAUUUAUAACCCAUUUCACAGAAUGUAAAAAACAUACAUUUUAAAGCUUUGAAGGGUUAUACUGUGCCUGAGGGAGAAAAGCAUAAAUUGCAGUGCUGUACACGGUUAGUUCAGUGUUGAGGCUAAGAUUAUUUACAGGGCUGUGUACUAAUUACAAUGAUUGAGGAUAGAUAUAAUUGAAGGUUUUAGCAGCCGUUUUCAACUCAGACAUCACUAGUCCAGCACAUUCCUCUCCAAUUGAAUGCUCCAGAAAAUGACUUUACAAUGUGUUGAGAUAAGUGUCAUUUAGAGAGGGGGAAAUUGAUUGUGUGUGGGUGUGUGUGUUGCUGCUAUGAUGAUUAAUGGGACACAGUCUGCCUGUCAGAUGAGAUCAGGUGCAACAUGAUUUAAAGCUGCAAUAUGUAACUUUCUGGGCGACCUGACCAAAUUCACAUAGAAAUGUGCGUUAUAGAUCAUUCUCAUUUAAGUCUAAAAGAAGCGGUAGAUCUGUUCUAUGUGUGCUAUUUCUAGGCUUCCUGUUCUUUAAAUUUGUUUUUGCGUCUUUUACUUUCGUUUUUGUACACCAGCUUCAAGCAGCUAAAACUACAAUAUUUUCGGCUAUUGAAAAUAUAUUUCACAGCAGUUGAGAUGUUUUGCUUGUUUUGUCACAUAAACUGAAAUUAGGCGAACUAUUAGAAUUUUAGCAACCAGGAAAUGCCGGAGUGAUUUCUGCAUAUUGCAACUUUUUAACUGAAUUAAUUAAUAAUUGCACCUUUUUAACAAUCAAUAAUUUUCCAACACAUUCAAUUAACCUCUCUCUAGAGCUCUCCCAGCCCUCCACAUAUUCAUUAAUCUCUCAUACAUCCCACUGCAGUGGUGGGGCCAGCUUUCAUUAAAUGGCAUUUUUUUUAUUAACAGCGUUAAAUCAGGUUCACAGCAUAAGGCUCCCAUAACACCAUUCAUAAACACUGUUUGAGUGAAAGACCUAGAGCCCUCCACCUGAUAAGAAUACAUAAUUCAACCAGUUUCCCCAAGGGACCCAUAUUCAGUUCAAUAGCAUUGCUGGUGAUCUUGCUAUUCUGAAUUGCUGGAUAACUGUUGCCUGACAACUCAUCCUGAAUUUAAUUCAGCUGCUCUAUCGAUCGAUCCAUACAUCAGUCUGAACCUACCAUCCUAGAAGUCGUUUGUGCUGACAUCAAAAUUGUGUGAUGCGUGAUUCAUGAUUCAUGUAGGCCAGCUCUGGUCUAACCCAUCGGUUUUUGGGACCAAUCAGAACAGUUUGAUUGGUUCGCAUUCGAGAAGUCGUCGGGGAAGAAGCAAAUCCAGACUCAUCGUGGUGAAGAAACGUUAGUGGGCGUGUCGUUUGGCCGGCGCUAUGUUGAUGAGUAGCCAGGCAAGGAUAAUUGCUCGUUUCAAAUGUCCUUUCCUUCCCUUUUCUUUCAUUUCUGUUUGCACUCUGUGUGUGGUCUUCCACAAUAAACACCAUAGAAAUUGUGCAAAUAGAACAGACAUCACCAACGGAAGCAACAAUCAGCUGCUCAAAAGUAACUUAAAAGACCCACUCUUCUGACAAUUUUGAGCUACUAUGAGAUCAACGACAAGCUAAAUACUGUAUGAAUAAAAUAAAAUAAAAUCGAGGCUCCCUCUCUUGAGAAUGUGACCAUAAUGUAAAAUAUGCUGAUGUAUUCUCUUGUUUGAUGAUGGGUUCUCUUACGUGUGAUUGGUUACAGGCUGGAGUUUCAGUAUGGGUUCGGCCUACCAGUUCCACAGUUGGAGGGUGUUUGUGGUGGUCUGCGCCCUGCCCUGCGUCUGUGCUGUGGUGGCUCUCACCUUCAUGCCCGAGAGCCCCAGAUUUUUCCUGGAGGUAAAGUAAAGCAUUAUGGGAAAUGGGGUUUUAGGGAGAGUGUUUGCCCCUCACAGGCUACAUCAGUGUGGGGCAUCAUAGGAGGUUGGAGGGAGGCGCUAUAGGAGGACGGACACGUCGUAAUGGCUGGAAUGGAAUGCAUGGAACGGUAUCAAAUAUAUGGAAUCCACAUGUUCCAUUUAUUCCAUUCCAGCCAUUACAAUGAGCCCAUCCUUCCAGAGCUCCUCCCACCAGCCUUCUCUGGUGGGCAUGCAUGGUCUCAGCUUUUCAAUUCAAGAGUUUCAUUCUGAACAGUUUAGGUAACCAAUGGGAUCAAAUCAAAUUGUAUUUGUCACAUGCGCCGAAUAACACCGGUGUAGACCUUACAGUGAAAUGCUUACUUACAAGCCCUUAACCAACAAUGCAGUCUUAAGAAAGAAUACCAACAAAAAAAAAAUCCCAAAGAAAUACAAUAUAAAAUAAUACAAAAUAAAAGUAACAAAUAAUUAAAGGGCAGCAGUAAAAAUAACAAUAGCGAGGCUAUAUACAGGGGGUACUGGUACCGAGUCAAUGUGCGGGGGCACCGGUUAGUCGAGGUAAUUGAGGUAAUAUGUACAUGUAGGCAGAGUUAUUAAAGUGACUAUGCAUAGAUAAUAAACAGAGAGUAGCAGCAGCGUAGGGCAAUGCAAAUAGUCUGGGUAGACAUUUGAUUAGAUGUUCAGAAGUCUUAUGGCUUGGGGGUAGAAGCUGUUUAGAAGCCUCUUGGACCUAGACUUGGCGCUCCGGUACCGCUUGCCGUGCGGUAGCAGAGAGAACAGUCUAUGACUAGGGUGGCUGGAGUCUUUGACAAUUUUUAGGGCCUUCCUUUGACACCGCCUGGUAUAGAGGUCCUGGAUGGCAGGAAGCUUGGCCCCAGUGAUGUACUGGGCUGUACGCACUACCCUCUGUAGUGCCUUGCGGUCGGAGGCCGAGAAGUUCCCAUACCAGGCAGUGAUGCAACCAGUCAGGAUGCUCUCGAUGGUCCAGCUGUAGAACCUUUUGAGGAUCUGAGGACCCAUGCCAAAUCUUUUCAGUCUCCUUAGGGGGAAUAGGUUUUGUCGUGCCCUCUUCACGACGGUCUUGGUGUGCUUGGAUCAUGUUAGUGUGUUGGUGAUGUGGACACCAGGGAACUUGAAACUCUCAACCUGCUCCACUACAGCCAUGUUGAUGAGAAUGGGGGCGUGCUCGGUCCUCCUCUUUUUCCUGUAGUCCACAAUCAUCUCCUUUGUCUUGAUCACAUUGAGGGAGAGGUUGUUAUCCUGGCACCACACGGCCAGAUCUCUGACCUCCUCCCUAUAGGCUGUCUCGUCGUUGUCGGUGAUCUGGCCUACCACUGUUGUGUCAUCGGCAAACUUAAUGAUGGUGUUGGAGUCAUGCCUGGCCAUGCAGUCAUGAGUGAACAGGGAGUACAGGAGGGGACUGAGCACGCACCCCUGAGGGGCCCCCGUGUUGAGGAUCAGCGUGGUGAUGUGUUGUUACGUACCCUUACCACCUGGGGCGGCCCGUCAGGAAGUUCAGGAUCCAGUUGCAGAGGGAGGUGUUUAGUCCCAAGGUCCUUAGCUUAGUGAUGAGCUGUGAGGGCACUAUGGUAUUGAACGCUGAGCUGUAGUCAAUGAAUAGCAUUCUCACAUGUGUUCCUUUUGUCCAGGUGUGAAAGGGCAGUGUGGAGCGCAAUAGAGAUUGUAUCAUCUGUGGAUCUGUUGGGGCGAUAUGCAAAUUGGAGGGGGUCUAGGAUUUCUGGGAUAAUGGUGUUGAUGUGAACCAUGACCAGCCUUUCAAAGCACUUCAUGGCUACAGACGUGAGUGCUAUGGGUCGGUAGUCAUUUAGGCAGGUUACCUUAGUGUUCUUGGGCACAGGUACUAUGGUGGUCUGCUUAAAACAUGUUGGUAUUACAGACUCAGACAGGGAGAGGUUGAAAAUAUCAGUGAAGACACUUGCCAGUUGGUCAGCGCAUGCUCGGAGUACACGUCCUGGUAAUCCGUCUGGCCCUGCAGCCUUUUGAAUGUUGACCUGUUUAAAGGUCUUACUCACGUCGGCUACGGAGAGCGUGAUCACAUAGUUGUCCGGAACAGCUGAUGCUCUCAUGCAUGUUUCAGUGUUACUUGCCUCGAAGUGAGCAUAGAAGUAAUUUAGCUCGUCUGGUAGGCUCGUGUCAAUGGGCAGCUCGCGGCUGUGCUCCCCUUUGUAGUCUGUAAUAGUUUGCAAGCCCUGCCACAUCCGACGAGCAUCGGAGCCGGUGUAGUACGAUUCGAUCUUAGUCCAUUGACGCUUUGCCUGUUUGAUGGUUCGUCGGAGGGUAUAGCAGGAUUUCUUAUAAGCUAAUCCAUUCCUAGAUAGGCAUAUAGCCCAGUUAAUCCAUUAUUUAAAUCUGAUAACCAAUUAUCAUUAGCCCAGGGCCCUAUAGCAUCUCUUUCCUCAGAAAACCAUUGAACAGAUUGCACUGUCCUAGGUUACUAUCAUGUUUGAGAAAGUUACAAAUAAUUUGUUCUUUAACAGAAAGGCCUAUGAGGCAAACAGUGAGUCAGCCUAAUGUUUCAGCGGCAGAGGCCUUGGCUACACAUUUCACGCCAUUUCACAUGGUUUGUCUGCGAUGGCAAAUAAGAAAGCAAAAAGUAUGUGACAGUGAGCCUGUUACUGUAGGAGAAUUACCCUUUGAAGUAAAAUUAGUCAUCAUUGUCGUGACUCCUGUCAUAUCAGCCCAUCUCCUCCUGUGUGAGCAUGGUUGUCACGGAGGAGCGCUCCCGGUUCUUUCUCCGUUAAUCCCGUUAAUUCCCUCCUGUUUCUCCCUCCUGUCAGGUCGGGAAGCACGAUGAGGCUUGGAUGAUCCUCAAACAGAUCCAUGACACCAACAUGCGAGCGCGUGGGCAGCCGGAAAAAGUAUUCACAGUGAGUAUUUUUCCGCCUGGGCUUGUGCUUGCUCCUCACAGUAAAAAGCUAAUUGUCUUAUAACCGCCACCAUUGCGACAUGUUUAAAUCUGUGAUGAGGAUCAUAACUGUGAUAUGAGAAGGUUUUGAAAGGUGAUUUGUGUCAUUCAAACACACGCGAUGGAAAGAGCAUUCCAGUCGAUCCACAUUUAGAGCUUUGAAUUUGAAGUCAGAUUUCCUGUCUCUGUAAAGCAAAAUAAAGCCCUUCAAACCUCUGAUACAAACCUCUUUAAAGCAAACGAAAGCUCUAGCAAACCAUGAUACAACUGUAGCCUAUAUUUUUCAGAUGCAGGUUUUUGCUGCGAAUGCAAUAGCAUAAGGGCUCAAUCAAUCUUGCAUUGCAAAACUUGGGCGUCGUCUAUUUUAAUGAAUUUGCAUAGCCUACAUAUUUCCAUGGGCAAAUCAAAUUGCAAUGCAAAAUAGUUGUGGAUACUGUAAGAGAACCAGGUAAAUUCCAAUUGCUCUCAGAGGUGCUUCCAGGGUCCGUGUUUCCUUGUACCAUCCAGAGAGGGAUAUCCAAUGAAGGGAUGAUACACAGACGACCUUCCAGUUACAUUUCUCCACCAGCAGUAGCCUACAAGAAAGAAACAGCAUAAACAUGACUUGAUUUAAUUUUGUUAUUGAAAACUAAAUUUCCCAUAAUUCCCAUCCCAGGUGAACAGAAUCAAGAUCCCCAAGCAUCUGGAUGAGCUGGUGGAGAUGAAGUCAGAGUCAGGGAACCCAGUCUCCAAGGCCCUCUUCAGGUCCAAGACAGAGCUACGUGGGGUGGGUUUUCUCUGCCUCUCCUUCUGUUGGCUCGCUAGAUGGUCAUGAUAGAAGUGGCAAUAUCUUCCAUUGCACUGCACUCUCACAAAUCAUUAUUGAUGUGUCUCUUUUCUUUCUCCACACAGAUCUUGGUUAACUUCAUGAAGUGUUUUGACUACCCUCUAAAAGAAAACACGAUCAGGCUGGCUAUUGUGUGGUUUACGCUUUCAUUUGGGUAAGCUUUUUGUUGUAAUGUAAUAGACUGCUGCUCCCUCCCUCUCUCCCAAUAUAAAGUUUUGUUUCUCCAUUUAGAGAUGUAGAAGUCAGAAUAGGCUAAUUCCCUUCGUCAGGAAAUAGCAGAGACUUUUGAGCUUGCAGCUACAUUGCAUUUCUGUCAUCUGUCCAAUGCAGCAGCAGAGGUAGCAGCUCCCCGCUCUCAGGAGAACAACUGAAUCAAUACAUUUUCAUUGGGCUCUCCUCUCAGUGUGACACGAUGGGAAUGCAAGCAGCCUGAGGAAAAGAGAAAAUCACUCCUGGAAACCCAACAUAAACAUUGUAUUCUUCCUCUAUAGUACCUUGUGCUACGUACAUAACCUAACCUGGGUGUUUGCGACCCCACUGUGUCUGUGUGUGUGGAUGCAGGUACUACGGCCUGUCUGUGUGGUUCCCUGACGUCAUCAAGCACCUUCAGGCAGAUGACUAUGCCUCCAAGGUGAAGACCCACAGCAACGAACGCAUCGAGGACUUCACCUUCAACUUCACCCUGGAGAACCAGAUCCACACCAACGGGGUCUUCAUCAGCGACAGGUAGGAAGGAAGGAGAAAACUUCCACAUUAAUGAAUCAUGGUCAAGUCAAGUAGUUAUAACUUCAUCCUCAAUGAAAAGGGGACUUUAUGGACUCAAAUGGAGAAUGGAUGAAAAAUGUGAAUCAUUACUAUGCUACUUUUAUAUUCAUAUGGCAUGUUGAUUUAUCUGCACUGUCCCUGUCAACUAGAUAAGAUGGAGCAACUUUAUUAAGUUGAAUACAGAAUAGCCACCAAGGAUUUCUCUGUAAAAUGUAGGCAUUAGUAACUAACUAUGUCCACACAUACACUUUCCUAUGUUGAUCCGUCCAGAUUUGUUAAUAUGAAGUUGAAGUCCGUCACCUUCAUUGACUCCACCUUCCUUAACUGCUACUUUGAUGACGUGACGUCGGUGGGAUCCUACUUCCGGAACUGUACCUUCAUCGAGGCAUUCUUCUACAACACUGGUAAGACAGAGACAGACCGAGAGACAGACCGAGAGACAGACAGAGACACUUUUCUUCUAAGCCAUCAAUCCUGAAUCAAAACAGUUAUAUUCCAUUUGCAUAGUCAACACAGACACAGUAUAUGGUUACAUAGACAUAGUAUAUGGUUACACAGAGACAGUUAUAAUGUUUGCUGAAUGGGUAUUGUCCUUUCUCAGCUUUUGUCCUGUCUUUCCCUAUUUUUGAUGGCAGACAUCGAUGACUCCAAACUGAUAGACGGCACAGAGGUGAUCAACAGCUCGUUCCACCACAACAAGACGGGCUGUCAGAUGACGUUUGACGACGACUACAGCGCCUACUGGGUCUACUUUAUCAACUUCCUGGGAACUCUGGCUGUUCUGCCCGGAAACAUUGUUUCUGCACUGCUCAUGGAUAAGAUUGGACGCCUUUCGAUGUUAGGUACAUACAGGGACAGUCUGCAUAGUCUGUUCUUAGGGCUACCUUUGUUAUGAGCAUGAAUGUAGGGUCUUCAAAAAAAUAAUAAUGUGGUGUGUGCGCUUGUAUGUGUCUGUGUGUGUGUGGGACAGGUGGCUCCAUGGUUCUGUCAGGGAUCAGUUGUUUCUUCCUGUGGUUCGGCACCAGUGAGUCGAUGAUGAUCUUCAUGCUGUGCCUUUACAACGGCCUGAGCAUAUCAGCCUGGAACUCACUGGACGUGGUCACCACAGAGUCCUUCCCUACAGACAGGAGGUAUGGUUAGCAGAAUAAUAGGAAUUCUCAAUUACUAUGUGCAUACAACACGCAUGCACAAACACACAAACAUACUUACAAAUGCCUGCAAAUCACUAAAUUACAUUCGUAAUUUGUUUCUGUCUCUCUUUUCUCUCUCUCUCUCAGAGGGACAGGUUUUGGGUUCUGUAAUGCUCUGUGUAAGUUAGCUGCCGUGUUGGGGAAUGUGAUCUUUGGUUCUCUGGUUGGCAUCACCAAGACCAUCCCCAUCCUCCUGGCCUCAUCUGUGCUGGUGUGUGGAGGCCUGGUGGGGCUCCGGCUGCCUGAUACUAGGGCCAAUGUCCUCAUGUAGCCCCAGGAAGGACCACCUCACCUGGGGAAGACCUGGGCCGAACCUGGGGACGGCCUGGGAAACAUGGAGCAGAAUGGUGCAAAGAGUUUAAUUCAAACGUUUCCAAUGGAUUUUGAUAUUUGAUUUCUUUAUUGCCCCUUCUGGUCUCAUAGGGAGUUCAAUUGCAUAACCCCUCCACCCCAAAUCUCUAUGAAACAGUAUGCAGUAUGCUUUCACUUUAUCAAUGAAUUUAUGUACAGGACAGGACCCAAGCACCAGACCCUCUGGAUACAUCCCUGGGGUUCGAGAGAACGCCUAUUUCUCAGUGAAUGUAUUGUUUGGGAAUGUCACAACACCCCUCUAAGGAUGAAAUCAAUAUUUUAAUGUCAUUUCAUCAUGAUAUAAUAAUAACAGUUAGUGGAUAUUUUAGUUAAGCUUGUGGCUCAUUGGCUAUCUAUAUGACUUAUAGAUGGCCGGGUCAUUGCGUGUGGAUUAUGUCCACCCAUACAAUCAUAGUAUUGGCUGUGAAGGGAACUCUGUGGGUCCUGUAGUCUGUUCUAUAGUUGGUUGAUGUGAAGUCUAGAUCAGUGGUGUAUGUGUGAGGAAAUAUCAGUGUCAAUGGCUGUCAGCUAUGAGUUUGCUGGUGGAAUCAGUACUGGGUUAGUGCUAUGUGAGUUGUGUAGAUGUCAGUAGUGCCUGUUUUAUUAGGCCAGGACAGAUGGAGGAGAGAGGGAAAAACACGCUGUAAUGAGCACAGCCAGCCUGCUGUGGGAGAGUCGGGGGAAUAGAUGAUCAGAAAACUGGAGAGAUCACACAGCUGCAACACAGGUGGCCUGGACAGAGAGACAGACAGACUGG